UCUAAUUUCAGUAACGGAAUGGGUGACAGAGGUUGGAGGUGGACUGAUGCCCAUUUUUGCAGUCUCCCGUCGCAGACGAAUGUUUAUGGAUUAACAAGAAUAACAGACAGUGAAGGAAAUAACAAAUUAUUAGUUGCAUCUCUUGAUGGAAAGGUUAUUGCAGUUGAAUAUCAGACAUUUAACAACAGACUGACACCAUGCACCAAAGAAAUUCAGUUUACCUACAUUCCAGGUGAUGCUGAAAUAGUAUCUGUUGAUGUCCUGCGGAGAUGUCAAGGAAACAAUGGAAUCAUUGUAGGGAUUACCUUUUUAAAGCUGCAAGAGGAUGAGAAGGAAUGUAAGCCUGCCUCACAGUUUCUCAACUUGUACUCGGCCAGUGAAGUGGGGGAUGAAGCAAACUUGGAUACAGUUGCUCAGGGAUGUUUGAGUCUAGAACUGAAUUUCAUUCCCUACCAGCUGACACACACAGAACUUCUAGAUGGCAGUUCUAAGGAAAUGGUGUUUCUGCUCAGUGGAGGUGACAACAAGAUACACAUGUACCGAGAGUCUUUCAAGUCACAUGGAUUUCAAGAAACACCAUCUGAAGAAUUCUUUCCAGAGUUUAAAAAUAUUCCUAGCAGUGUCCUGCAGCUGAAUAUUGGUUACCUAGACAACUACGAGAGACGGCUGACUGUGAUGGGACAUCAGAAUGGCCUUGUCCAAGUUGCCUAUGUCAAUGUUGCAGCCAAAGAGGUGCUUUAUUCCUGGUCAACAGAGCAUGACAGCCCUAUCACCAGUAUCAGGGUCUUCACAGCCAAGAACCAUGUAGCUUGUCCAUCCUUCCUUGACUUCUUCAAUGAAGAAAGUACACGUGAAGAAGAAGAAAAGUUGGCCAACUUCAACCUGUUGGUUACCAGUGCUCUUGAGCCUGCAGUUGUGUACAGGAAUAUCCUGAUCACUGGGUUCGAGGACAUGUUAUCACUCCCCAACAGUGAGAAGUUUGACAGCACACUCUGCUCCUGUGUGGUGGACAUAGACUUCGACGGGGAGAAUGAGCUGCUUGUUGGAACCUAUGGCCAGGAACUUCUAGCAUACAAGUAUUUUGAAGAAAAUCAGCACUUUGACACUGACAGAAAAUACAGCCAAUCUGAUACCACUAAAGCUGGGAGCAGCCAAUCAAAUACUCCAACACAUACGUCAUCAACACCAGAGAGAACUCUUAACCAAUUAGAGGAACUGAACAAACAGAGGCACAGAUCAGAUGAAUCUAACUCACAGCCAACCCAUGUAAAGGAUGCACAGCCAACAAGGAAGGCAAAGUCACAGGAGGAUCUGUUUCUGCCAGUCCAUGGUGUAAAGGAAGAACAGGAUCAGCUGCAAGAUGACAUCCAGCCUCCAUUUAACCCUGCAGGUUUCCAGUUACUAUGGCAACGGAGUUUCCCCGGGCCUGUGGUUGGGUUGGAUAGACUGGACAUCAUGGGGGACGGCAUGGACGACCUUGUGGUGGUCACCCUGAAAGGGAUGCAUAUACUACAGCCUGAUCUUGGGGAAGUGGCGGAGGUGUGUCGGGAACGACUGCGUGGUUUGUGUGACUCCAGCUCUGAACCUGACGAUGCUUAUCACAACCUACAAAAGGAGACUUUCGGGAGAUGACAGUGACUGCCUGGAAGCUUUCAACAAGUUUUUCUUUUUGUUUAACAAUUUGUAAAUAAAUCAUCAACUGUCAAA